AUGGCAGAAGCUCCAAGCUCUGCUGCGCCUGCGGGCGCCAGCAAGCCUCCUGUGGCCGAGAAGCCGCCCAACCCCGUAUUCAAGAUGAUGGGUCUGCCUAAUAUGCGCUUCAAAUUACCCUCUCGCAAUUGGAUGAUCUUCCUCACAAUCACCGGAUCCUUCGCUGGCGCAGUCAUCUAUGAUCGCCGAGAGAAGCGUCGCGUACAACGAAAAUGGUCGGAGCUCGUGGCUCACAUUUCGAAGGAAUCCCUAGAAACCACCCAGAUGCGCCGCAAAUUGACCGUCUACCUCUCUUCUCCCCCGGGAGAUGGGUUGCGCGUGGCUCGGGACCACUUUAAGGAAUACGUCAAGCCCAUCCUGGUCGCCGCGGCACUGGAUUACACUGUUGUUGAGGGUCGGCGCGAGGGAGAUGUUAGGGCCGGUACGGCGGAGAACAUUCGCAAGCUACGCCGCAAGGCUGGUGAAUCAAGCUCGACCGUCGAGGAACCCAGCGUGGAAGCCGUUGUCACUGCCGUCCGCGACCAAAUUGGCAUCACCGACGAGCCUGGCCCUAAGGGCGACUUGGUCAUUGGCCGACACACCUGGAAAGAAUACAUCCGCGGUCUCCACGAGGGCUGGCUCGGUCCUCUAGAUGCGCCACCGCCCCCCGAGGAACCCAUCGUUGAUGCGCUCGAUGCCCCCGUCGCGGAUGAGGCCCCCAUUGCAGACCAAAUCCCCGCGGCCACCAGCCCAGAGAUCUCAAGCAUCGAAUCUCUAGAGUCCUCCCUCGAUUCCGACAAGAAAGACGACACUCCAGACCCCAAGGCCGAGGAAGCCAAGAAGGCCGAGGAAGAAGCCGAGAAAAAGAAGUCCGAGAAGCCUGCCGGACCUACUCCCGCAUACAUCUCCACUGCCGAUUACUCGUCCGCCAGCAUCCCCCCCUCUCUUCCUCAAUCAUUCGACAGCUCUGUUCCGGUCGAAUUCCCUCAUAUCCUUGGAUUCCUCAACACUCCCAUUAGAAUGUACCGCUUCCUCACACAACGCCACCUAGCCGAGAACGUUGGUCGCGACGUCGCAGCCGUUGUCCUCGCGGCUAACGCCCGCUCAUACCGCGAUGACACCUUCAGCGCGGAGUCCGAGCCCACUUCCUCCGCAGACGGCUCAUCCUCAGAUCUCCCUUCUCAGACCCACGAGCAGCAGACUGUCCUAGAUGUUGCCGAGAAGGAAUGGCACAAGUCUGUACGCAAGCGCGAAGAAGACGGCAAGGAGCGUGAGUGGCUUGAUGAUGUUGUUCUGGAUCAGCGCAUUGCCUCGCGCAUGCAGCGUGCUCUUCUCUCGCCCGAAGAUGAGGCGCGCUCUCAGCGCAUUGGCGAGCUGCAGGAAUAUAUUCUUGGUGAAGAACGACCGGCUCAUGUGCCCUUCUGGAAGCGCAUGUGGAUCAACUAUGGCUACGGCGAGAGCGAGGAGGCUCUGCGCCGUAAGCCCAUCUUGGGUAACAUCGAUGGAGAGGAUGGGCAGUGA